CUGAGGUUUUUAAAACAGAAUUUAAGGACGUUGUCGACGACAGGUUAGGUGGCGCUGUUAAUCUAAUUUAAUGUUUUUUGACCUGUUCAUUUUUGGCUCUGUUGCUUUAAAUAUAAGUGGGCGGGGCAAAGAUGUACAGUCUGUUAACGUUACUCUUUAACAAUACGCCAAUGCACUGAGUAAAUAAUACAUUUUACAUUAUUGCUGAAAGCUGCAUCAGUGUUGUUUGUACGUAAAUAUUUGUGAGUUCUUUAAAUAUUUCAGGUGGUUAUUAUUAUUAUUUUCAGAGGCUAAAAGAAUGUGAUCACGGCACCUUAACGUUGAGAGUGGCCCAGUAUUGCUUUUAUUCUGCAGCAGCGCAACGCGUCAUACGCAAGGUGCGGCAGUGCCCAGCGCAAGCUGGUUACGCCUGGGUUUGGUCCUAAUCUGGAUAAACCCAUCAACAACCUCAAUGCUCUUGUAGAUCAGAAGCAGCGUGAUGACUAAAACGCCCGAUUCCCCGGCACCCUGCGCUGGUAUGGGUGAUGUCCACCACAGCCAUCCCGAGGAGCCAGUGGAGCAGCUCUCCAGACGCGCUCGCGUUGCUGUACCUGAACUGGUCGUUACCUGCGAGCCGAGUGUCCCGGAGUGUGACCAGAUCCCCCGCGGACCCUGCUCGGGCUCCCAUCACCCCGAUGAGGAGUCCAUCUGCUCGGACAGCGGGCUCAGCGGCUCCCCCGCCUCGUCCCUGGCGCUGAGAAAACUGUCCAUCUCGUCCUCAACCGGCCUCUCGCCAGCUUCUUCUUUUGAGGAGUGCGAAGAAGAUUUAUCUGGUUACGGCGAAUAUAAUCAGUCUUCAGGUGAAGCGCUCACGAAGUCAAAGAAUAUGGUGAACUGGUCUCCACUUCCAGUGAAAAAGCGCUCUCCCUGGGUGCAGGUGGUCGGCCAUGCAGGAAAUUUUCAGACGGGGAGUGAUGGAAGGCUGCUGAAGAAGUACUGCGAGUGCGAGCAUCAGUGUUUUCUGCAGCUCAUGAGCGACUCACUGCGGCCCUUCGUUCCUGGAUACUAUGGUGUGACUCAGCAUGAAGAGCAGGAUUACAACCUCAUGGACGACCUCCUUGCUGACUUUGACUCGCCCUGCAUCAUGGACUGCAAAAUGGGGAGCCGGACUUACUUGGAGGAAGAGUUGAGGAAGGCCUGCGAGUGUCCUCAGCCACGCAAAGACAUGUAUGAAAAAAUGAUUGCAGUGGACCCAGACGCCCCUACUGAGGAGGAGCGGGCCCAGCAGGCAGUACUCAAAACCAGAUACAUGCAGUGGAGGGAAACACUCAGCUCAACAGCCACGCUGGGCUUUCGCAUCGAAGGCAUCAAGAAAUCAGAUGGCACAUGUAACACUAACUUCAAGAGAACAAAGUACAAAGAUGAGAUCAUCCAAGCCCUGGAGGAUUUUGUUGACAACAACAUGUUAAUCUUGAGAAGUUACCAACAACGCCUGAAGGAACUGCGAGCUGUGCUGGAGAAAUCCAAUUUCUUUAAAGCACAUGAGGUGGUGGGCAGCUCCUUAUUAUUUAUCCAUGAUCUGACUGGCAAGGCUGGAAUCUGGAUGAUUGACUUUGGGAAGACUGUGCCCAUGCCGCCCCCUCUCACCCUGGACCAUCGCAGCCCAUGGGUGGAGGGCAACAGAGAGGACGGGUACCUCUGGGGCCUGGACAAUUUCAUUGACAUUCUGACCAACAUGCUUCCGGAGAAAUGAAAGGCAUUGUGGAUCUUCAGAAUUGUCAUUUUUUGCACAGACUGUCUGAUUUCCCUCUUUUUGUUUCUACAUGGAUAAUAUAUGAAGGUAGGAGAGAAUCGAUGGAAUGGACUGACUUGCCUCAACAAUUACUACAAGUCCUACUUAUGAACAUCUAAGCUUGUGAAUAUACCUGCUGAAGCCUCUCACUAUAUGGUUGUUAUCACUGCUUUUGAAAAGCUGCAUGUAUUUUUACACUGUAAAUAGAUUUUUAUUUAAGCAGUUUGCUCUUAGGGGUUGAUUGGCAAAAGAUUAGCUUAGUUUUAUGAACAUUAACUGCUGGUGAAAAUCAUUACAGUCGUGUUGUUUUGAUAGAUAUAU